GACCUAUAGUCCGGUCGUCGGUGUGGCUACGGCGAUGGGGUACGGCGGGAAAUCCAAAGGACGCGGGUACGGCCGACGAGAACUUGAAUGGGGCUCAACAUGGAACGGACGCAAAGGCAAAGGAAAGGGUAAGCAGAACCGUGGUGUCUGGCGAACCAUCGUCAAGCGACCAACCUCCAAGGGCUAUGGUCGUGGUCGCGGCAAAGGCUACAACGGCCGAGGUAGUUGGUCUUCCGGCUACCGAAAGGGCUAUGGCAGAGGCUACGGCUACAGCGGCUACAGAGGCUAUGGCAGAGUAAGCUAUGGCUAUGGUCGUGGAAAAGGCCGAGGGAAAGGCCGUGGCCGUGGAAAGGGCAAAGGCAAAGGCAAGAGAACUCAGGUCACUAAGGAGUUUCUGGACAAGCAGCUGGAGGAAUACAUGGGCCCAGAUGCAAUCAAGGCCAUGCUGAACCUUGAGCUGGAAGCGUACUUUAAGGACAAAGCAGGUUUAGGCGCCAAGCAAGAGACAGCAGCCGUUGAACCCUAAUGGGCAGCAGAGGAAAAGUCUCAGGGCUGAAUGAUUUGCACAGUAGAUGCGUCGUGAACAAUAAAGCCAUCAUUGAGAGGUGCCAACUGGCGAAACGCGAGGAAUUCGUGAAGCUUUUUGCUCUUUAGAAUUGCC